AGGAGUGACUGACAAGUGACUAGUGAGUAGCGAGUAAUCCAUUCCGGCCAGCGCCAAAAUCCUGCGGGUUUUAGUACAGCUGACAGCGGUAGUCGCAGAUGUAGCAGCGGUGGUGGUGGUCUUGAGAGAUGGCGGCCUUAAGUUUUGGUCACCUGGCAACAGCAACACCUCCAUUCCUCUCUCCUCUCCGCCUCAACAUCAAUACACCGUGCUUCCAUCUUGGUUGCAGUCAUUUCCCGUUCACAGCCAGCAUACGCCGCAACUCAUGCCUUGUCACCCUCUCUUACUCCAACAAAUCUAAAAGUCGACUCCAAAUUGAGAAGGAAAGAGAGUUUCUUGAACAAUAUGGUCUCAAUCCUGACGAGUUUUUACCCCAUUCAUCUCCACAGAGGAAGAGGAGAAAAGGGCAGGCAAAGACGGGAGAAAACGGAAGGCAGGAAAUCACAGAGGAACCCAAGCAUCCAAGGGAAACCCAUAAAUUGCUUCAGGUGCUUGCAGGAAAAGCUCGAAGGAAAAAAUUACUUUCACCGAAAGGCAUGGAUGUACGCCCAAUGAUGGAAGUGGUGAAGGCUGCUGCAUUUGCCAUUUUACAGGCGGCUGGUGGUAGCCCUGCAUCUCUACGGCCUGGUCGUUGGUUAGAUUUAUACAGUGGUACAGGAUCUGUUGGCAUUGAAGCUAUCAGUAGAGGAUGCUCAGAGGCCCAUUUUGUUGAGAUGGAUCCUUGGGUUGUCUCAGAUGUUCUACGACCAAAUUUACAGUGGACUGGUUUCCUUGAUGUAUCAACCAUACAUCCUGUCCGUGUGGAGGAUUUCUUGGAAAGGGCAGAACAAUUUGCUGUCAGGAGCUUUGAGUCUCUCAAUUACGGUAAACGUGCGCCAUUUGAUUAUGUAAGUGUUACACCCCCAUAUAUGGCAGUAGAUUAUGGGGUAUUGAUGAACCAAAUUUCAAGUUCAUCCGUAAUUGGAGAGGACACAUUUAUUGUAGUUGAAUACCCUUUGAAAACUGACAUGCUUGAUUCAUGUGGUUGCCUCACUAAGAUAGCUGAUCGGAGGUUUGGUCGGACACAUCUUGCUAUAUAUGGACCAAAUUGGGCGCAAAAGAGGAGAAAGUCAGACAGCUUACUUAUGGGUUUAUCAUAAACAUGGAAGUAGGUUUUGUGGCUGGAUUAUUAUUAUUUUGUGCUAAAGACCACGUAGUCUGAUAUUUCUUAGCAGUGACAUGUCGUGUUAGCUGUAAAUUAACCUGACCAUUUGAUUUGUUCCAUCUCAACUCUCCUUUCAGAUGUAGAUAAAACAAGAGAUGUUAAUGAAAUGCUACUAGUAAACUAAACUUGGUAAUCUUUGUAGUUCAGCCUUCUUGUAUAAUCAAAAUCUCUAACGUCAAUUCAGACAAGAACUUGGAUA